AUAGCUGACAUGUCAUUUGAGGAACUGUUGAAAUUGCAGAGCCAAGUGGGAACCAAAACAUACAAACAAUUGUUAGCUGGAAACAGCACUAAGAAGCAGUGUUCUAGACCACCUGUCCGAAAUGCAUGUGUUGCAGAUAAGCACAGGCCUCUGGAGAUGUCAGCCAAGGUUCGAGUGCCAUUUUUACGUCAGGUUGUUCCAGUCAGUAAAAAGGUGGCCCGGGACCCCCGCUUUGAUGAUCUGUCGGGAGAAUAUAAUCCUGAGGUGUUUGACAAAACAUAUCAAUUCUUAAAUGACAUCCGAGCCAAAGAGAAAGAGGUAUAAGCUUGAGAUUGGUUCAUGAGUAUUUUAGGGGAUGGGGAACCAGGGCAGAGGUUAGAAAGUAGACAGA